GAUGACGAGGGUUGCUGUUGCGCGUCUGCCACGUCAGGAAAAAAGUCACAACAGCCAACCACAGGCUGACGUGCUGCAGGAGAUGAGACAGAAGACAAACUUGCAGCAUGACAACUGAGUGACACUUUCCUUCCACCUACCCAACACUCCUUCCAUCCACGCCCCACAACAUCUUUCACUCGCCCAUUUCUCUCAUGGUGUGUGCGAUAUAAAAGGCCCUUACAUGCACCAGCAAGGACAUUACGAAUUCACAUUUAGGUGGAAUCACCGACUCUACAAGCAGACUAGCUGCCGGCAACACGCCCGAGUAGUCUCACCAUUGCAGUCACCACUUUCACCAGAGGAAAGACAAGAGGCCGCGAGUUCUCACUCCACAAGACCAACAUGACAACAACACAUCAGUUAAUGGCCGCCGCCUUCUACCUGUGCGGGCUUUUGUUUCUUCUCCACGUCGACUCCGUGAGCAGCAUCAGUUGCAAGGUUUGUAAUUACACUAACCCCAACUGCAAUGAAGGAAAUGUGCCAGCCACUGAGUGUUGUCACCAAAGCAAUCAGUGCGUCACUAUCGUAUUUAACACCAGCGCAUACUCAUAUAACAUUCGAGCCUGCGCACACGGACACGGAAGUCCUGAUCGUUGUUAUGUUCUGGGUGGUUACAUGAAUUGCUACGACUAUUGCUGCUAUGACAACUGUAACUAGUUGACAUACCAUGAGAAGACGGCAUGUACCAUGGUCAUUUUUUCAGAAACCGUCAUUGACAGACGGAAACUAUUGCUUUUGUUCUUCUAUAUUGUAAGAAAUAAGUUUCAAUGACAUUUAGCCAAAUUACACAGCAAACAAACCGUAUGAUUUCACUUUAAAGUCGUCUUUCAUCUAUUGCUAUCCUUCAUCGGAAAAGUUAUAAGCCGAUAUUGCUGUUACUGAAGACUUUCGAUAAUAUUCUUUCGGUUUGUCAAAAAUUUAUGGCGACAUCUUACAUGAAAUUGUUUUAUUAUUCUGCAGAAAACUAAUAAAGUCUAGAGUUGCAAAUCUGA